CGCUCAGGUGGCUCGGCCGCUCUCUCUCUCCCUUAGCCCCAGCUCAGCCGCUGCCUCGCCGCCUUUUGCCUUGGCGUGCAGAAGCGGCCAGGUAAAACCAAAAAGGAAAAAAGGGGGGGGAAAGGGGGGGUGUUGCGCGGAAGAACUCUUGGUGCAAUGCCGCAGGCUUGUUGUUCCAGGCUCAGAUUGUACCAUUUCCUCCGGCUCCCCCUCUAUCUUGCACUGCGGCGCAGGCUCGGCCCCCCCCCCUCCCUCGCCUCUUCUUCUUUUUUUUUUUAAUUUUUUUUGCACGGCAGAAAUAGCGGCCAGGAGAUCAUAACAAGAUUAGGGCAGCUCCGGCAAAAGCCCUCCUGCAUGCCUGACCCGUCUGGGUCGGAAAAGGCAAGCGGACGCCGCCCCUCCACCCACCCCACCAUGUCGGUCGCCUUUGCUUCUGCACGCCCGAGGGGCAAAGGAGAGGUCACCCAGCAAACUAUCCAGAAGAUGUUGGAUGAAAAUCACCAUCUGAUACAGUGCAUCAUGGACUAUCAGAGCAAGGGCAAAACAGCAGAAUGUACUCAAUACCAACAAAUCUUACACAGAAAUCUGGUUUACUUGGCCACCAUAGCAGACUCCAAUCAGAAUAUGCAGUCCUUGCUGCCUGCUCCACCAACACAAAACAUGAAUCUCGGCCCAGCUGGAAUGAGCCAGAGUGCCUCCAAUCAGUCUCUCCAUUCACAGAGCAACCUCAGUGAUGCAAUCAGCACGGGGCUUCCAACAUCGUCUCUCAUGCAGAGUCAGAUUAGCAAUGGUCCCAACCACGUGUCUAUGCAGCAGUCGGGCCAAAGUACCAUGCCCACCACUUCCCUGAGCAUGACUCUCAGUAGCCAUGGAACUGGGCCCAGUUAUAGCCACACGGUGCCUGCAUCUCAGAGCGUUGCCAUGCAAGGCCAGGGAUCGAUCGGCAACUACGUCUCGCGAGCGAAUCUCAGUAUGCAGUCCAACCCAGUUUCCAUGAUUCACCAGCAAGCAGCAACAUCACAUUACAACUCUCCGCAAGCGGGAAGCCAGCAUUACCAAGGGCAGUCUUCCAUUGCCAUGAUGAGCCAGAGUAAUCAAGGGAACAGCCUCAUGGGGCAGCGGCCAAUGGGCUCUUAUAGAGCUUCACAGCAAGGCUCUUCUCAGCAGUACAUGGGUCAGGAGGAAUACUACAGUGAGCAAUACAGUCAUGGACAAGGAUCUUCAGAACCCAUGAACCAGCAAUAUUAUCCUGACGGCCACGGCGAUUACGCGUAUCAGCAGUCGUCUUAUUCUGAGCAGAGCUAUGAUCGAUCAUUUGAGGAUUCCACACAGCACUACUACGAAGGAGGGAAUUCCCAAUACAGCCAGCAACAAGCCGGAUACCAGCAAGGAGCUGCCCAGCAGCAAACAUAUUCCCAACAGCAAUAUUCAAAUCAACAAAGUUAUCCAGGACAACAGCAAGGAUAUGGACCGGCCCAAGGAACCUCAUCACAGUAUUCUAGCUACCAACAAGGACAGGGCCAACAGUAUGGAAGCUACAGAGCUUCCCAAACCGGACCAUCUGCACAGCAACAGAGGACUUAUGGCUAUGAACAGGGCCAGUAUGGAAACUAUCAGCAAUAAAAUGACAAGCACCCGUGUCAAAUUUGUUUCAAUAUUUAUGUCCAAUUUUAUGGAACUUGGCAAGUCUUUUUUUUUUCCCCCUCUUCUUCUUUUUAAAUGAUUGAUGAUUGAUGGAUCGUAAGGUGUUGGAUACCGCUGUAGCACAAAGAAGCGUUUGUAUGUGAAAUAGUAUUCAUUUCAUGCUGGAUCUGAAACAGUGCAUUGCAGUCCUGGCAAUGAGGCGAUGUUUGAACUGUCUGGUACAUUUUGGUGCUGCCGUUAAUAAUCCUUGGAGAGGUUCUUCCGUCACUUCUUCCCACUUCCUCUUUUGACGUACCAAACCCAUUUGAGAAACAAAGAGGUCACACAGCUUUUGUUGACCUGCUUAUUUUUUUCCUCCCACAAGAUCAUUGACAACCAAGCAUCCUUCUGAUCUGAUGGACCACCAAGAAGCUGGAAAAUGUUUGCGGGUGGUGUGACAAGCACGUAACUGAAUAUAUCUCUCGUUUUUUGUUCACCCAACUGGUUGGGCAUUGGAAUAUCUCAACCCAGAUGUAUUUCAUCUAUUCAGGGUUCACUUCCUUUGAAAUGAGUUGGUCUUCAUUAAAUUCUAAUCGGGCUCAAGGUAUUCUCAAACGUACUUAAUUGAGCUAUGAGCGAAAUCACAGCUACUGGGAUGCAGGGAUAUAUAUAUUUGAGAUUUGCUCAAUGUUGUGUUUGCGUGAUAGCAAUUUUGUCUAUGACUA